CGACGGUAUCCUGAAUACCAACGAUUUCAACUCUUAUCAGCCGAUAUGUAGAACUGUGUGAAAUAAUGCAAACCAAUGUGUACUAAAUAUGGGAUUAACUUCUUCUACUCUGACAUCCUUCACAUCAUUCCUUUGCCUCUAUGUGUUUUGUGUUAAUGCAGUCACCUACAAAGAAAUUUUGCAAACAGGACAAUCACUGGGAACCUCAGACUCGGUUGUUUCUGAUAGCGGGAAGUUUGAAUUGUGUUUUUUCAACAGAGUCAGAGAUAAUUCAACCAAGUACUACGUUGGUAUACGGUAUAAAAGGGUUCCAAACGACAAGAACAAGAUUGUGUGGGUUGCAAACCGAGACUACGCACUUGAAACAUCCUCAGCAGUUCUCACCUUUGAACCUGAUGGAAAUUUUGUGAUCAUGGAUGGACAAGUCACAUACCGUGUCAACAAGGUUUCAAACAAUUUCAGUAUCUAUGCCAUGCUCUUGGAUUCAGGAAACUUGAUACUGCUUAAAACCUCAAAUAAACAGAUUUUGUGGCAGAGUUUUGAUCAUCCGACGGACACCCUUUUACCCGGAAUGAAACUAGGACAUGAUGAAGGAAACACUUGGUCAUUGCGAUCAUGGACAAGUGCAGAUGACCCUGCUCCAGGAGCUUUUUCCCUCGAAUAUAAUCUGGGCAGGGUCAGCCUAAUCAUCAACAAUGGCUCUAAUGCGUUCUGGAUUGACGACCACUACAACGAUACUAUUGGCAAUUUUAUUCGCCGAAGUGGUGUGUCUAUGGACAGCUAUUUCACUUUGCCAGUUGGUAAUGACUCUAGGUUGGUACUAGAAGUGUCUGGUGAGCUCAACCAGGAAUAUUGGUCUGAUGAACAACAACAUUGGGUUUCUAUUCAGUCAUCCAAGUGUGCUAAUAAUUCGUGUGGAGCCUUUUCCAUCUGUAACCCGAAAGCUCGUGACCCUUGUGACUGUCUUUAUGGUUUCAGGCCCUCUGAUGCUGAUUCUUGGAACAAUGGGAACAAAUCUGCUGGCUGUGUAAGGAACAAAGACUUAUCGUCCUGCAGUAUCGGUGCUGAAUCCAACAACGAUAAAUUCAAGCAACUAUAUAAUGUCAAAUCACCAACUUUGGACAGUCUCAGGACGAUCAAUACAACAAAAGAGUGUGAAAGUACUUGUUCUAGAAAUUGUUCUUGCCUUGCUUUCGCUUAUUAUUUGAACGGUGAUUGCCAGUUGUGGCUUGGUUCUGUAUUGAAUUUAAAGAACGUCUCAACAGAUGUGGACAAUUCUGAUAAUAGCAAUCCAAUUUUUUACCUAAGACUUGCUGCCUCAGAAUUAGAUGAUUCUGGUUCGAACAAAACAAGAGCAAAAGAACCAGGAUAUACUGUCAACAAAAAUGUACUUCUUCUGAUUGUUAUAUUGAUCUCCUUUCUAGCUUUUCUUAUAUUGGGCAUUUUAGUUUACUGGAUUAGAAAGAAGAGGAGAAAAGGGGAAGAUUUGCUCCAUUUUGAUAUAAGCAUGAGCAUGAAAGUUGAAGAUUCUGAGCUUACUGAAUCAGAUAGGAGUGCCAAAGUGAAGAAGGAAGUGAAAUUGCCUUUAUUCAGUUUCGAGAGUGUUGCAGCUGCAACUGAUAAUUUCUCAGAUGCAAAUAAACUUGGUGAGGGGGGCUUUGGACCCGUUUACAAGGGUACAUUAUUUAAUGGGGAUGAGGUUGCGGUGAAAAGACUGUCACGGAGAUCUGGUCAAGGAUGGGAAGAGUUGAGAAAUGAAGCUUUGUUAAUUGCAAAACUUCAACACAACAAUCUUGUUAGACUUCUUGGUUGCUGCAUUGAUCGAAAUGAAAAGAUGCUGAUUUAUGAAUUCAUGCCUAAUAAAAGCUUGGAUCUUUUCCUUUUUGAUGCUACAAAGAAACAGAUGUUAGAUUGGGGAACUAGAGUCAGAAUAAUCGAUGGGAUUGCGCAAGGAAUUCUUUAUCUUCAUCAGUAUUCCAGGUUCAGGAUCAUUCACCGAGAUUUAAAAGCUAGCAACAUAUUGUUGGACAGCCAUAUGAAUCCAAAAAUAUCAGAUUUUGGAUUGGCAAAAAUAUUUGGUGAUAAUGAACUUCAAGCAAAUACAAAUCGAAUCGUUGGAACAUAUGGUUACAUGGCUCCUGAAUAUGCUAUAGAAGGACUUUUCUCAGUAAAAUCAGACGUAUUUAGUUUUGGGGUCCUUUUGUUGGAGAUUGUAAGUGGCAAGAAGAAUACUGGCUUUUAUCAAACGAGUUCCUUCAAUCUUCUUGGAUAUGCUUGGGAUCUUUGGACAAGAAAUUCAGGACUGGAUCUAAUGGAUAGUGCAUUGGAUGACAGUGAUACUUUAAGUAAUAACAGUAUGCAUACUGUGCCAAGAUAUGUGAACAUAGGACUUCUUUGCGUUCAAGAAAGUCCAGAAGAUAGGCCAACCAUGUCUGAUGUUGUAUCAAUGAUUGGGAAUGACACUGUGCCCCUUCCUUCUCCUAAACCACCUGCAUUUCUUAAUGUCAGAGGUGAUCAUAGUUCAUCAUUGCCCUCCACCUCCACAGAAAGAUUUUCAGUGAAUGUUAUCACAGAUACAAUUCUGGAAGCGAGAUGAAUGACUAUGAAACUCCUCUUCUAGUUUUCAGAUUAGACACCAACUUUUUUCUCUUUAUAAAGUUUUGACCAUCAAUUUCUAUUCCCUUUCUAUAUUUAUCAUGAUUAUUAAACUCUUAGAUUAACUUGUUAACUU